GUAUUCGGCGUUAUAUCAAAAUGAAAAAUGAAACACCGUAUAUAAACCCUAAACCCUCAUUAUACUCAAAAGCCCUUGCAAGAAAGCUGCGUUUAAACCCAGGUCACGCUUGCUCGUGUGGAAGUGAAUUUUGUGAGGAUGGCUCAACUUUACUUUGAUGAUGUUAUCAAGGUUCACGAGAUAGAUGAUAAGAAGUAUGAUAAAGUUUCUCGCAUCAAAGCGCAGAGUGAGGAAUUGGACAUGAGCCUGGUACUAGAUGUGAACACAGAAAUAUAUCCAAUAUGUGUUAAGGACAGGUUUAGGAUGGUUUUGUCCAAGUCUCUAUAUCCAGAUGGUUCAGCUGUUACAGAGCUUAACCCCCAGGACCAGAAGAAAUCACUUGCAGACAAAUUUGAGUAUGUCAUGCAUGGACUGUUAUAUAAGAUGUCAGAGGACACCUCUGGUCGCGAUCCUUCAGCGGAGGUAUAUAUAUCAUUCGGAGGACUUCAGAUGAUGCUGAAGGGGAAUCCAACUAAGAUCGGAAAAUAUAAUGUUGACGAAAAGUUAUUUCUUCUCAUGCGAAGAUUGUAAAAUAUGACUAUUUCGUAAUGGAAGUGUUUUAGAUGUUUUGUUUCAACUUCGGAUUGACCGAAGAAUUUGAUGUGGCCAUGAAUUUCUCAACCCCUAAACAUUUGUAAAAUAUCAUGCCACAUUAUACUUCUGUAAAAUUGCAUGUCACAUUAUCUUUCAUAUUCAUCAGCAACUUAAUCUAACAUUAUUGGUCUGUAA